UUUUGCCUCCCGUGUUACCUUAACGUCGGUAGAAGGUGGCAUAGUGCGCUUGAUAAGCAACGGCAUACGGGUGGAAACGUGGACCUGAACAACAGGCGCAAAGGAACAUAUCCCGCGAUGCGGACUUUAUUUCUCCUAGUGUGUCUGUGCAUCGUCAAUAUCAAGGCUCGGGGUGGUCCGACAGAUGAACCAAUGGAGCCUUCUGGACCAACAUCUUCAACGGUGACAACAGAUGAACCAACGGAGCCUUCUGGACCAACAUCUUCAACGGUGACAACAGAUGAACCAACGAAGCCUUCUGGACCAACAUCUUCAAGGGUGACAACAGAUGAACCAACGGAGCCUUCUGGACCAACAUCUUCAAGGGUGACAACAGAUGAACCAACGGAGCCUUCUGGACCAACAUCUUCAACGGUGACAACAGGUAACCACAAUUAA